CCUGAUCUCUCCGUGCAGCAUUUUAUCAUUUAUCGCCGAUGCAGCACCAAAGUAGAAGUAGUCCUUUGUGUUUACAUACGGCCUAAGGUUUAAGAGAGACUCCUUUCAUGCAGGAUUUGUAUGUACAAACAGUCUAGUGCAGGCAGAAUAACCUUUCUGAGCCUUUGGAGGAUAUUAUCAAGAAUGUGGACCCUGGCUCUCAUUCUUUGUUUGGGAAAUAUUUUCAUGGCAGGCGAGGCCGCUGAUCAGCAUUCAGAGCCAUCCCCUGUAAUCCCACUCUCAGAGACGGCCUCCCCUGCUCUUUUAAUACUGGAAAAACAGAAAUCCAACAGCUCAAUUCAUCCACCCCAAGUAGCAGGACCUAAAACACCACACCCUCCCAUGUGCCUGGAGUCGGCUGGAAUCAGAGAUGCCUUCAAAUAUGUCAAUAGCAUGGUGUCUCUUGUUGUUUUUGUGGUCGGCAUCGUGGGGAAUUCAGCCUUGCUGAGAAUCAUCUACGUAAACAAAUGCAUGAGAAGCGGACCGAACGUUCUCAUCGCGAGCCUUGCUUUGGGCGAUCUGCUCCACAUUGUGAUAGACAUUCCAAUCAAUGCGUACAGGCUCAUGGCAGAAGAUUGGCCUUUUGGGUUGUUAUUGUGCAAACUCGUUCCCUUCAUACAGAAAACCUCUGUUGGAAUUACAGUGUUGAGCUUAUGUGCUUUAAGUGUUGACAGAUACCGAGCUGUAGUGUCCUGGAAUCGAAUCAAAGGCAUCGGGGUCUCAGUGUGGACAGCAAUCGAAAUAACUCUAAUAUGGGUUAUUUCUAUUCUGCUGGCGGUGCCUGAAGUUGUCGGCUUUGAUAUGAUAACAAUGGACUUUAAAGACAAGCAUCUGAGAAUAUGUUUGCUUCAUCCCAUGCAGACCACACCAUUCAUGCAGUUUUAUAAAUCAGUUAAAGACUGGUGGCUCUUUGGCUUCUACUUCUGCAUGCCCCUGGCUUGGACCGCCGUCUUCUAUGCUCUCAUGACCAGGAAAAUGCUAAAAAAUACAGAGAAUACACUCAGCGAUCACACCAAACAGAGACGAGAAGUUGCGAAAACUGUCUUCUGCCUUGUGAUUGUGUUUGCACUUUGCUGGUUUCCUUUAUACUUGAGCAGAAUAUUGAAAUUAACUGUAUAUGAUGAGAAAGAUCCUAAUAGGUGUCAGCUACUAAGUGCCUUUCUUGUCCUGGACUAUUUUGGACUAAAUAUGGCAUCCCUCAACUCCUGCAUCAACCCUAUUGCGUUGUACAUAGUCAGCAAAAGAUUUAAGCGAUGUUUCAAGGCGUGUCUGUGCAGCCCGUGUGUCUCUCUCCGAGCUGUUACCCAUGACGAGGUGCAGUCUGUUUUGAAGUCCAGAAUGCAGGAUCAAGCCUCAGAGCAGAGCUGCAACAUCAAAGCUCCCAAGCAGACUUCUACACCUCCACCUGAGCAGGAGAACGCCUUACUGUGUUAGCAAAACUCAUGUGGAACUGUGAAAAUCAGUGCUAAGGUCUCAAAUAUUUCUUUAUUAAACAUAUAUACGGCUAUCAAAGCAGCUAGCGAGGCAGCAGAAAAACCUUGACAUGCCUUCCUAAUGAUAUAAAAUACCUUGUGAAUAACAUGUCCUUUGUACUGCUGUCGUCAGCUCAACAUCUGCUUUGGCAUGAGCAACCUGGAGUCAGACUGUUCAGACUCUUUUGCCCUCGGGGGCUUGACUCACUCCCAAACAUUACAUCAGAUACCUCGUACCUAUCCUGUAUCAUGCAUCACAGUUCUCAAAUCACUGUUUUGGGCACGAUGUUAACCUGGCACCCAUCAACACAAAUCUUGUCACGGCUUACCGCCUGCAUGUGUAUCAUUUUGAUUCUGCUCCUGGAUCCUGGCACCUUCGGAAACCCAGCAAAUGGGAAUUUAAAAUUAUUACGCUGGGUUUUAAGGGGGGUACGGUGUAUUAUUAGCACAUAAAUGCGUGUCUUUAUCUCUGUUGAGUUUCCCCCAUUCACAACCGCCUUAGACUUUUCAGCAUUCCUUUCUUCUUGAACCUUGAGAAACAUAUCAAAUCAGCGCCACAAGUAGAUUCUGUCGCCGGCGCUGAAUGACUGAUUGAUGGUGGCCUAUUUUUAAUGCAUUGUUAAAUGUGUAAUGCAUGGAGACACUUUAUGAAAGACCUGAGAGUGGGGAAGAAGGAAAACGAAGAUGACAGAAUGAGGUCAGGA